AUGGGGCGUUUCAUUGGGUUCAUCCUCUUCCUCUGUGGGCUUCUGCUGCUUGUUCAUCCUACAGUUUCACUUCCCUUGUGCUCUGAUUCAACGGCGCCCUCUACUUUGAACUCUACAUUGGAGUUUUGUCCUUAUAAGGGGAGUGUUUGCUGCAACUCUACACAAGAUGGAGAUAUACAGAGACAAUUCCAAGGGAUGAACAUUUCUGAUCCUGCCUGUUCUUCCCUUGUUAAAUCCAUUGUCUGUGCGAGGUGUGAUCCAUUUUCGGGAGAUCUAUAUAUAGUCAAUUCCACGCCUAGAUCAGUUCCUCUUCUUUGCAACUCAACUUCAGAAAAUUCACCACAAUCCAACCAAGCAGCCACUGACUUCUGCUCUACAGUAUGGGAUACAUGCCAAAAUAUCACCAUUGUCAACUCCCCCUUUGCCCCUUCUUUACAGGGUCGAGCGGGAGUACCGACUAACUCGAGUACUAGCAAGCUCUCGGAUCUCUGGCUGUCGAAAACCGACUUUUGCAAUGCAUUUGGAGGAUCAUCCACUGAAGAAUCAGUCUGCUUUGUUGGUGAACCUGUUUCCCUUAACAAUACCAAACUUCCUAGCCCUCCAGAUGGCCUAUGUCUUGAGAAAAUUGGAAAUGGAUCUUACCUGAACAUGGUGGCUCAUCCUGAUGGAUCUAAUCGUGCAUUCUUCUCUAACCAAGCAGGCAAGGUUUGGUUAGCCACUAUUCCCGAGAUGGGGUCAGGAGGAAUGUUGGAGCUUGACGAAUCAAAACCGUUCGUAGAUUUAACCGAUGUAGUUAACUUAGAUACUCAAUUUGGCAUGAUGGGGCUUGCAUUUCAUCCAAAUUUUGCACAAAAUGGAAGGUUUUUUGCUUCUUUCAAUUGUGACAAAGUUAAGUGGCCAGGGUGUUCUGGAAGAUGUUCUUGUAAUUCUGACGUUAAUUGUGAUCCUUCUAAACUACCAUCUGAUAGCGGAUCCCAACCAUGUCAGCAUCAAAGUGUUGUUGCAGAGUACACUGUAAACGGCAGUGCAUCCCAGCCUUCAUUGGCAACAACUGCAAAACCAACAGAAGUGAGAAGAAUAAUCACAAUUGGUCUUCCUUUUACCUCUCGUCAUGCAGGACAGAUACUCUUUGGGGAAGAUGGUUACCUUUACUUCAUGAUGGGCGAUGGCGGCGGUCAAGGUGGUGAUCCUUACAACUUUUCCCAGAACAAGAAGUCGUUGCUUGGAAAGAUUAUGAGGCUUGAUAUCAAUAACAUUCCAAGUUCAGAAGACAUUAAUAAACUUGAUCUAUGGGGAAACUAUUCUAUUCCUAAAGACAACCCAUUUGUUGAAGAUCAAAGUGCACUGCCAGAGAUAUGGGCUUACGGAUUGAGAAAUCCCUGGCGCUGCAGUUUCGAUUCAGAAAGACCUUCCUACUUCAUGUGUGGAGAUGUUGGGCAGGAUCGAUUCGAAGAGGUGAACAUCAUCUCAAAGGGUGGAAACUAUGGCUGGAGUGUUUAUGAGGGUCCUCUUUUGUUUGUUCCAAAUUCAUCCCCUAAAGAAUCCACACCUAUAGAUUCCAUAAAUCCAAUCUUUCCUGUGAUGGGCUACAACCAUUCUACCAUAAACAAGAACACAGGUUCAGCAUCGAUAACGGGGGGUUAUUUCUAUCGGUCUAACACUGAUCCGUGUUUGUACGGAAGGUACUUGUAUGCAGAUUUGUAUGCUUCUGCUAUUUGGGCAGGAACCGAAACCCCAAAGAACAGUGGGAACUUUACCACAAAUGAUAUUCCUUUCAGUUGUGCUCCUGAUUCUCCCAUACCUUGUAGUUCCACUCCAGGAAGCCCUCUUCCAGCUUUGGGCUAUGUCUUUUCAUUUGGUGAGGACAAUGACAAGGACAUUUACGUUCUAACUAGCAGCGGUGUCUACAGGUUCGUCCCGCCAAGUCGUUGUAAAUACACUUGCUCGUUGGAAAACGUAACAACAACAGUUGGAAGCUUGAGUCCAACGCCGUCACCUCCGUCUCAUGCUAGUCGGUCAACGAACUCAUGGAGCAGCCUGGUGCUCCUACUGCUGCUGCUUUUCACUUGUAGCUGAUUACAUGGUUGAUAUGGAAGGGCACUGGUAUGUACUAAUGGAAAGAAAUCUGCUAUUUUUCUUCUUUCUUUGGUUUCUACCACUGUUUUGAGUUUAUCAUAAUUUAGUUGUUGUGUGAGAUAGUGUUCUGGUUGGGAUUUUGGAACAGGUUUUUUUUUUGGUGAAGCUCUUAAUUGUUGUUGUGGAACCUACAGAAUGUAUUAUGUAUAAGGCAUCCACAUCAUAAUAGAAUCACCCUCAAGAUUUGCUCCAAUAAGAAGUACUUCGUGCAUUGUUAUGGUUUA